UGUAGAAAAAAAAAAUUACGCAAACUUUGAAGUAAUUGUUUGAAACAACAUUUUCUUAACCAGUGUUUGGGACAGAUAUACUUGUAACCUCCGUUGAAGACGUUCGAAAAAUAUUAUUGAAGAAAAAUUUGUAUACAAAAAAUGGCAGGUGUGUGUAAUAAAUCUGCUAAAAAAUGCUCAAGAAAACAGAAACGUGCAGAACACAGGCUGAUUAGAGAUAUGAAUAUCGAGAGCUCUGAAGAACCAACACAAAAUCUAGCUAUUUGCAACGUGGGCCUUGUGACUGGAGUCCAAAGAGAAAUUUUAGAACAAUUUAUAGAGAGCACAGAAUCGAAUUUUCAAUUGACCAUGCCACCUGGGAGAUCAUAUUGUUUCGUUAGUUUUUCUACCAUUGAAAGUGCAAGUAGCUUUUACAACAAAGUUCAUGGACAAAUUAAAGUACCUGGCCAAAAUACGGUUUUUUAUCUGCUGUACAUUAAAGCAAUUCCAUGUAUUAAGGAAAGCUUGGGUGCUCUGUUGCCUUCAGGGUUGAGGAUAUUAACAGAGUUUGUUUCUCCAAAACAGGAAGCUACGCUACUGAAUAGUAUUGACUGGGAGGAGGAAGAAGAAAACAUGGAGUCAGAAUUAAAACACAGAAGAGUCAAGCACUUUGGCUACAAGUUUAGAUAUGAAGAUAAUUUAGUGGAUAUUGACAAUCCAAUAACACCCAUCCCCGAGGAUUACAAUUUUCUUCAAGAUCUCUUUCAGAAACAUGAUUGCGGGUACUUUCAAUAUGAUCAGUUGACUAUCAAUCGAUACCUACCUGGCCAAGGAAUACCACCUCACAUUGAUACUCACAGCAUAUUCAAAGAUCCGAUAUUAUCUCUAUCAUUGGGCUCGGCUUGCAUAAUGGACUUCAAGCGUGGAAAGGAAAAAGUAUCUAUUGAUUUACCUGCCAGAUCUUUGCUAGUCAUGAGCGGCGAGUCGCGCUACGCUUGGAGCCACGGUAUUUGCCCCAGACACAACGACAAUGUUGAGACGGACAAUGGCUUUUCCACGCGUCCACGAGGUACUCGCGUCUCAUUCACUUUCCGAAAAACUCGCACAGGAGACUGUAACUGCCAGUACAGUGAGUACUGCAACACCAAGAAACAAAACAGUAUACUAAAAGAAAUUAAGAUUGACGACGGUGCAGCUCUGGAAAUUGAAAAUUCUUACGUGCACGAUGUGUACGAAGAAAUAUCAAAUCACUUCAGCGAAACUCGGCACAAGCAGUGGCCAAACGUGACAAAAUUCAUCGAGAGCUUGGAACUCGGCAGCCUCUUACUCGACGUUGGCUGUGGUAAUGGAAAGUAUUUGUGUGGUCAAUCAAGUAUCUUCAAGAUGGGCUGCGAUCGCAGUACAGGUCUCGCAGAGAUAUGUCGAACCAAGGGUUUUCAGAUAGCAUUGGCCAAUUGCCUUCAACUUCCAUUCAAGACAGACAGCCUAGAUGCUGUGCUGUGCAUCGCAGUCAUUCACCACUUGUCAACACACGAAAGGCGAAAGCAAGCUGUUUCCGAGAUCAUGCGCGUCCUUAGACCCGCUCGAGGCAAAGCUCUCAUUUACGUCUGGGCUAAGGAACAAAACAAAGAUUCCGUCAAAUCGACCUACCUCAAAUCCAACACGAGCAAAAACAGCGAGGACGCUCGGCAACGCGAGAUGCAAUUCAAGACGUUGGAGAACAACGUGACUCUACCCGUACACGAGAACCGAACAGAGUUCAUCCACAGCGAUAUGCUCGUACCGUGGAAACGAAAAGGCGGAGGUGACUUUUUGCGAUACUACCAUGUUUUUGAAAACGGCGAACUGGAAAGUCUCUGUUCCGACGUGCCGGCGGCGAAUAUUAAAAAAUCGUACUACGAUCAAGGAAACUGGUGCGUCGUGCUGGAAAAGAUGUGCCAACUUAAUUAGCGGAUAGCUGAUGCUCGAUAUUUCCGACGGAACGAGCAUUUUGUUUUACAAGAUUACAAAUUUGUACAUACGUGUGUAAAUACAUCAAAGUAUACGAAAACAAAUCGGCGUAUUUUUUGAAAAGUUUAUUUAAUCCCUAAGAGAUAUACAAAACAAACGUUCUUGGUUUUUUUUUUUUUUUAACUAAGAUAUUUCCUAAAAUAACACUGGAAAUUAUUAAUUUUGUCAUGAGCAUC